AUGAUAGCAUUUUUUGAGGCUUUAUGGCAAAGUAUUUUUGAACCAGGUACUACACCACAGUUAAUAAUUGCAACACAUGUAUCAUUCAUUGCAUUAUUUUGUACAUUAAUAUGGUUGAUCUAUGCCACCAAGGGAAAUAUCCACUUCUGUAUUUUGUUAGCUAUCGCAUUCACCCUUUGGAUUAUUGUUAUUUGGUUCAUUAGAGAAUUGGAGAAUGUUAAAUUAAAAAGUAAUGAAGAAUUAGGUAUUCCUAAAGAAUUAUCUGAGAAGGGCAAAGAUUCAACUAAGAAGAAGGAAUCUGUGGUUGAGAGUAAGACAGCAAAGUCUGCUACUACUUCAGCUAGACCAAAGUCUACGAACAACACCACAAGAUCAAGAAAAGCUUAA